UGAUACAAUAUGCUGAUAGUGAAGAUGAGUUAUUAAAAGAUAUGGCAAAGAAUAUGAAAAAUAAAUUUGAUAAAUAUUGGGAAAAUUAUAGUGUUGUUCUUUCUUUUGCUGCCAUGAUGGAUCCUCGUUAUAAAUUUCAAUUGAUCAAAUAUUGUUUUGAACACUUGGAUCCUCAAAAUGGGUCCUGGAAAGCCAACCAAGUCAAAGACAAACUCUAUGAUUUAUUUGCGGAGUAUGUAAGUAAUGAUAAUCCCUAUGACCGUGAAGCUAGUAGUCAUGUCGUGGAUGAUGAUCUUCCUGGAUUUUCAUCUUUUGCUGGAGGGACUAGUGCAAAUUUGUCACAAUUAGAUAUUUAUCUUGAGGAGUCUAGGCUUGAUCAUCAUCUUGAACUAGAUGUAUUGCAAUGGUGGAAAACAAAUGAAACUCGACAUGCACAGGUUGCGCGUAUGGCAAGGGAUUUAUUAGCCAUUCCAAUUACUACUGUUGCAUCCGAGUCAGCGUUUAGCUUAGGAGGUAGAGUGCUUACUAAGUAUAGAGCUUCUCUUCAACCGGAUACUGCUGAGGCUUUAAUUACUAGUCGUAGUUGGCUAUUUGGUUAUAAAGUAAAAGAAGAUCCACUUGAAAAUGGAUUAGAGGUUGAUCUUCCACCAAUGUGUAAUGAAGAAGCUAACAAAGAUUUAGAAGAUGAAGAUGAAGAUGAAAAAGAAGAUGAAGGCGAAGAAGAAAAUCUAAAUGAAGAUGAAGUGUUUGAACAAUUUGCUAUUUAACAUGUUCUUAUUUAUACUUUUAAAUUGAUUCAUUUGGAUAUUUUUUUUUUGUAGUAUGAUGCAUUUUAGACAUUUUAAUGAUUUUUUUUUUAUGUUGAGUUAGUCGAUUGGAUAUUCUGAUGUUUUAUGGUAACCCGUUGGAUCAAUCCGAACCGACCCGAAACCCAGAGUGAUCUGACCUGAAACUGACCCGAUCCGAAACUGACCCGACCCGAAAAUGACCCGACCGAAAUUAAUCCGACCCAAAA